UCUCCUGAGAACGUCAGCACGAUUCGCAGUGACUGGCGUUCGCGCGGUCCUAAACCCCGCCUUUCUGUGUACUACGUAAGCACAAAGUUGGCGCGUGGUACGCAUCGUUUGAAAAGUGUUCAUUGUAGCCUACUAUUGUUACAAGCUACAAAAUAAAGUUUUCCACAAUGGAUCGAGCCUCCAAGCGCAGGCAGGUGAAGCCCCUGGCUGCCUCGCUUCUAGAUGUCCUGGACUAUGACAGCUCAGAUGACAGUGAUUUCGAAGUGGGAGACGCAGACGCUACGGGGUCAGAGGGUACAGGGAACGGCAGCGAUGACGAGGGCUCUAAAGACAGCGUCAGAGGUGCAGACAGUGACUCGGAUCCUGCCGUAACUCCAGACGAAGAGGCCGUUGAUGAUGAAGAGAAGGAGCUUAAAGAAGAUGUGCAGGAAGAAGAGAAAGUCAAGGACCAGCCUUCCUCUGAGGAAAGCGGCAAAAAAGAACCAGUCUCUAAAAAUCGCAAGAAAGCCGAAAAGACCUCAGACUCGGAGCCCAACGGGAGCAGCGCGGUGGAAGAAAGCCCUAAAAAGUGGAACCUACGGAGAAACAGGCCCAUGCUGGACUUCACCACGAUGGAGCAGCUAAACGAGAUGGACGAUUACGACAGCGAGGAUGAUAACGACUGGAGGCCAACGUCUGGAAAGAAGAAAAACAAAGCCGGCGGGAAGGAGAAAGAAGGGAGCGAAGAUGAGGGAGAGGAAGAAGGCAGCGCAGAGGAGGAGGACGACGGCGACGAUGACGAGAACGACGAUGAUGACAACAACGACGAGGAGGACGAGGAUGACGACGACGAGAGCAGCAGCAGCAGCGACAGUGAAGUGGCAGUGAAAAAAGCCAGGAAAAAAGCCAGCAAGAACACCAGAGCAUUCGAUGAGGAGGAGACCAAUGACAGCCAUAGCACAUCUCAAGGAAAGGGAAACGAGGACUCUUUGGUGGAGCGAGCUCAGGUUUGGACCUCACAGAGGAUGGAGCACAUUCUGAUCUGCUGCGUCUGUCUGGGAGACAACAGCGAGGACACGGACGAGAUCAUCCAGUGCGACAACUGCGGCGUGACCGUGCACGAAGGCUGCUACGGGGUUGACGGUGAGAGCGACUCCAUCAUGAGCUCGGCCUCGGAGAACUCCACAGAGCCGUGGUUCUGCGAUGCCUGUAAAAAUGGUGUGAUGCCCAGCUGCGAGCUCUGCCCCAGUCAGGAUGGGAUCUUUAAAGAGACAGACGCUGGAAGGUGGGUGCAUGUUGUAUGUGCGCUCUACGUUCCAGGAGUGGCGUUCGGAGACAUCGACAAACUACGGCCUGUAACGCUGACAGAAAUGAACUACACUAAGUACGGUGCCAAGGAGUGCAGUCUCUGCGAGGACGCCCGCUUCGCCCGUACAGGAGUGUGUAUCAGCUGCGACGCUGGCAUGUGUCGCUCCUACUUCCACGUGACGUGUGCCCAGCGUGAGGGGCUGCUGUCUGAGGCCGCUGCAGAAGAGGACAUAGCUGACCCGUUCUUCGCCUAUUGUAAGCAGCACGCCGACCGAUUCGACAGGAAGUGGAAGAGGAAGAACUACCUGGCGCUCCAGUCCUACUGCAAAGUGUCAUUGCAUGAGAGAGAGAAGCAGCUGACUCCUGAAGCCCAGGCCAGGAUCAACACGCGGCUGCAGCAGUACCGGGCGAAGGCAGAAGUGUCUCGGAAUGCACGUCCUCAAGCGUGGGUGCCCCGAGAGAAGCUCCCGCGUCCGCUCACUUCCAGCGCCUCGGCCGUGAGAAAGCUCUUGCGCAAAGCUGAGCUCAUGGGGAUCAGCACAGACGUGUUCGCCACGGACACUGCGGAUGCAAGCGCCAGCCUGGACGGACGCCGGAAACACAAACAGCCUGCGCUCACCGCUGAUUUCGUCAACUAUUACCUCGAGCGGAACAUGCGGAUGAUCCAGAUCCAGGACAACAUCUUGGAGCAGAAGAACCUGAAAGACAAACUGGAGAGCGAGCAGGAGAAGCUGCAUGUGGAGUAUAACAAGCUCUGCGAGUCUCUGGAGGAUCUACAGAAUGUCAACGGGCUGCUGAGGAACGAAGGCCAGUCCAUGUGGAGCAUGCUGGGAAACAUCCUCGGACAGAAACUGAAUUCUCCAGCUGUUUUAAAGCCUCCCAAAGAGAGAAAGCCAAGCAAGAAGGAAGGUGGAAGCCCAGGGAAGUCCAGCAGUCUCCCAGCAGUGCUCUACAGCUGUGGGAUCUGUAAGAAGAACCAAGACCAGCAUCUCCUGUUACUGUGCGACACAUGCAAGCUUCACUACCACCUGGGCUGCCUGGAUCCACCUCUCACCCGAAUGCCCAAGAAAACCAAGAAUAGCUACUGGCAGUGUUCUGAGUGCGACCAGGCCAGCAGCGAUGAGGCAGACAUCGCCAUGGAGACGCUUCCCGAUGGCACCAAGAGGUCCAGAAGACAGAUCAAAGGGCCAAUCAAAUUCAUCCCUCAGGACAUGUCACCUGAGCCGAAAAAACUUCAGCUGAGGGGCACGAGAACCCGGGGCCAGAAGAGGAAAAGGGUGUCUAUCUGCGAAGAAGACAAGAUAGAGGAACCGGCACCGCGGGAACGAAGGCAGCGGCAAUCGGUGCUGCAAAAAAAACCUAAAGCUGACGACACGAGGACGGAGUGUACAACCUGCAAAGGGCCUGGCGACAACGAGAACCUCGUCCGGUCGUGAGAGCCGGGCGCCACCUCUCCCACCUCACCUACGCUCCUCCCUAAAAAAUCUGGGGACAGAUGAGAGAGGGACAGAGAGAGGGAGAAAGAGAAAAGAGAGAGAGGCAGAUUAAAUCGUUACGAAAAGCGGCGUCCAGGUCGGGGCAGGAAGUUCGCAGACGACGGCCUCCUCUGACCGUCUCCUUUGACAUCACUUCCUGCUCAGAACCAUGGAAUUUAACACGUUGACUCUUUUGGUCCACAGAGAAACUUUCAGGAGCUAAAGCACUUUUUUUCUUUCUUUCUUUCUUUUUUUCAAAUUUCAUAUUACACAUGGAAUCGAAAGCUUGCGAAUUAAAGGGAUUUUAAAGGGUGCCGCAGUGGAUUCUAUAAGAGGACUAAGAGGAUCUUGUGGACUUUUAGGUAGCCAUUUUGGAUGGAGAUGUUAAAGUUUACGAACGUGUACUGGACAGUAUCUCUGACGCUGGAUAUGUAGCUGCCUGCUUCAAGUGGCCUUUGUGCAAUCCUGGACAAUUCCGUGCAGCCCUCUCUUUUUCUUCUUUGCCUGCCAUCUUUCUGUAAUCCCUUGUUUUUAACCUGAAUGUUGUCUAUUCUCUCUGUUAACACACGUUGAUUGCUUUAGAACUGAACCCUGUGCUGCUCUCAUUUCUUAUUGCCUAUGCUGUGUGAAAUAGAAUGUAGUGAGUAGAGAAAUCAAAAAAAAAAAACAACAGUAUUUCUUUCUUGUAGAUUAUAUAUUUACUGACUCUAUAUCAAUAUGACAAGUGAUAUUUACAAUGUAGUUCAUAAUGAUCAGUCGAGAAAAUAAUUAGAAGGUUUAGCAAGCUCUGUGUGUGUGUGUGUGUGUGUGUGUGUGUGUGUGUGUAUAUGUGUGUGUGUGUGUUGCUGGUAUUGCUUACUUUUUUAUUUUUGCCAUGUGUAGGCAGAAUUGUGAUGUGCCCUUACGAUGGCUCACACAGUGCUUUUUGACAGCUCUGCUGCCUUAUAUUCUGUCGCGAUAGCUGGGAAUUGUCCCCAUGUGGGAUUCUUAAGUCUUCAUGCCCUUUAAUAUGGUCGCCAUUAAGUGCAGGACAUGGUAACAAACCGAAAACGCAAAUCAGAGAAUGCUAUGAUAAAACGUAAAGGCUAUAAUAAUAACUGCGGAAGCAAUAGAAAAUCUAAUAGUACUUUAAUAUGAAUUAAAAAUCAGAAAACGCAACAGCAAAACAAAAAUUGCAACAGCAAACAGCUUUCCUGUGGUGUAUAUAUUGGUUUGCUGUAGUGUCUAUAGGUUUGCAGUAGUGUUAGUUUUGUCUGUAGUUUUGUUGUAAAGUCUUUAGCUAUGCUGUAGAGUCUGUAGUUUUGCUAUAAAGACUUUAGUCUUGCUGUAGAGUCUGUAGUUUUUCUUUAGUGCCUGUAGUUUUGCUGAAAUGUUUAUAGUUUUGCUGUAGAGUCUGUAGUUUUGCUGUAAUGUUUAUAGAUUUGCUGUAGAGUCUGUAGUUUUGCUGUAAUGUUUAUAGUUUUGCUGUAGAGUCUGUAGUUUUGAUGUAGAGCCUGUAGAUUUGCUGUAGAGUCUGUAGUUUUGAUGUAGAGCCUGUAGAUUUGCUGUAGAGUCUGUAAUUUUGCUUUAAUUUUUAUAGAUUUGCUUUAAUGUUUAUAGCUUUGCUGUAGCGUCUGUAGUUUUGCUUUAAUGUUUAUAGUUUUGCUGUAGUGUCUGUAGAUUUGCUGUUGAGUCUGUAGUUUUGCUGUAGAGUCUGUAGUUUUGCUGUAGAGUCUGUAGUUUUGCUGUAAUGUUUAUAGAUUUGCUGUAGAGUCUGUAGUUUUGCUGUAAUGUUUAUAGAUUUGCUGUAGAGUCUGUAGUUUUGCUGUAAUGUUUAUAGAUUUGCUGUAGAGUCUGUAGUUUUGCUGUAGUGUCUGUAGAUUUGCUGUAAUGUUUAUAGCUUUGCUGUAGAGUCUGUAGUUUUGCUGUAGUGUCUGUAGAUUUGCUGUAAUGUUUAUAGCUUUGCUGUAGAGUCUGUAGUUUUGCUUUAAUGUUUAUAGUUUCGCUGUAGUGUCUGUAGAUUCGCUGUAGUGUCUGUAGGUUUGCUUUAGUGUUUGUAGAUUUGCUGUAGUUUUGCUUUAGUGUCUGUAGUUUUGCUGUAGUUUCCCUAAUGUUCUUAGUUAUAGUGUGUUUUCUGAUUUUCACUUUUGGUUUGUUAAUGUGUUGUGUACUUUCCGGCAACCAUACUUGAAACUUUUCCAGCAAACGUUGUCAGCUUAGACUGAAUCUAUCUAUCUAUCUAGCUAGGUAUCCAUUUUCAGUAGACGCAUGGUUUAUAUCAUACUAUUUGUUUACAUCCUAUCGAAGAACGAUUGCUGAUUUUCUUUCCACUACGAUGGUGUUUAGAAGCUCUGACUUGCAUUUUAUGUUUACGUCCAAGAUAGCUGUAAAUUGCAUACUGUAGGAUAUUGUAUGGUGUGAGAUUGUGACCCAUUUUGAAAUGGAUGUUGCACCAGUUGAGCAGUUGUGUAUUUGUCAUGUGCCUUUCAUGCCAUCAUUAUCAUCUGUGAUUGAUUUUGAAAACAAAACAAAAAAAACCUUUUUUGCACUCAUUUUAAAAUGGAAUCUUUAAAUUAUUUAUGUAUUUAUGUCAGUUUUUAUUAUUCUCCUUACCAUUUUAAACCUUAGUGUGUAUGUGUGAUAGUGUGUGCGUGUGUGCGCGUGUGUGUGUGCGUGUGUGUACGUGUGUGUGCGUGUGUGGGGUCCCCGAGCUGUGGCCUCGGCAUUGUGCGAGCUGUAAUAAACUCUUGACUUUUUCACCUUA